AUGGGGUUUGAAAAAAUUUCAAGUUUUUUCAUCCUUCUCUUCUUUGGGUAUACUCUGGUGAAUGGAUCCACCCCAAAGCAUUACAUAGUUUACAUGGGAGAUCAUUCACAUCCUAAUUCAGAAUCUGUUAUCAGAGAAAACCAUGAGAUACUAGCUUCUGUUACUGGAAGCCUCAGUGAAGCAAAGGGUGUUGCAGUCUACCAUUACAGUAAAAGCUUUCAAGGCUUCUCGGCCAUGAUCACUCCAGAGCAAGCUAAACAACUUGCAGAAUAUAACUCAGUGGUAUCCGUUUUUGAGAGCAAAAUGAAUAAACUUUACACAACACAUUCUUGGGAUUUUCUUGGAUUGGAGACUGCCUACGAGAAUCAUGCAGCAUUGGACAUUGCAUCAGAUGUCAUUGUUGGUGUCAUUGACUCUGGAAUCUGGCCAGAAUCAGAAAGCUUUAAUGAUUAUGGAUUAGGUCCUGUGCCUGAAAAGUUUAAGGGAGAGUGUGUUACUGGUGAUAACUUCACACUAGCCAAUUGCAACAAGAAAAUUAUUGGUGCACGGUACUAUUCAAAGGGGUUUGAAGCAGAAAAUGGUCCUCUAAAGAGCAUUGCCAACAGGAUAUUUUUCCGGUCAGCCCGAGACAGCGGUGGACAUGGAACACACACGGCUUCAACAAUAGCAGGAUCCAUUGUUGGCAAUGCCAGUUUACUUGGCAUUGCCAAAGGAACUGCUAGAGGGGGUGCACCAAGUGCCAGACUUUCCAUCUACAAGGUCUGUUGGUUGGGGUUCUGCAGUGAUGCUGAUAUUCUUUCUGCCAUGGAUGAUGCCAUCCAUGAUGGAGUUGACAUACUAUCUCUCUCCCUUGGCCCUGGUCUUUCUCAGCCAAUUUACUUUGAGGAUGCUAUCAGCAUAGGAUCAUUCCAUGCUUUCCAAAACGGAGUUUUUGUCUCUGCUGCAGCUGGAAACUCGUUUUUUCCAGGUACUGCUUGUAAUGUUGCUCCUUGGAUCAUGACUGUUGCUGCUAGCACAAUAGACAGGGAAUUCAGUUCAAUUAUCUACCUUGGUAACUCAAAGAUCUUAAAGGGUUCUUCUUUGAAUCCAACAAGAAUGAAUCAAUCGUAUGAUUUGAUAUAUGGAAGUGCCGCUGCAGCUACUGGAGUUUCACCCAUAAAUGCAAGCUUCUGCAAGAACAAUACUCUAGAUCCUACCUUAAUCAAAGGUAAGAUUGUGAUUUGCACAAUUGAGGAUUUCUUGAGUGAUGACAGACGAGAGAAGGCCUUAACAAUAAGGCAAGGUGGGGGUGUUGGAAUGAUACUUAAUGACCACAAUGCCAAAGAUUUUGGUUUUCAAUUUGCCAUCCCAACCACUCUCAUUGGUCAGGAUGCCUUAGAAGAGCUUCAAGCCUAUACAUUGACAGAGAAGAAUCCCAAAGCUAGAAUCUACCCAACAAUAACUGUAGUUGGUACCAAACCUGCACCAGAAGUGGCAAUUUUUUCUUCCAUGGGACCAAAUAUAAUAACACCAGACAUUAUUAAGCCUGACAUCACAGCACCUGGAGUGAAUAUUUUAGCAGCAUGGUCUCCGGUUGGAACUUUAGCCACAGUUGAAGAACGAGCCCUCAACUAUAACAUCCUUUCAGGAACAUCAAUGUCUUGCCCCCAUAUAACUGCAGUUGCAGCAAAUAUAAAAUCUCACCAUCCACACUGGGGUCCUGCAGCCAUAAAGUCUGCAAUAAUGACAACAGCCACAGUUAUGGAUAACACACAUCACCUCAUAGGAAGAGAUCCAAAGGGUACUCCAACCACACCAUUUGACUAUGGAUCCGGACAUGUUAUCCCAGUUGCAUCACUAAAUCCGGGAUUAGUAUAUGAAUUUAACUCCCAAGAUGUUCUGAACUUUCUGUGCAGCAAUGGAGCAAGUUCAGCACAACUCAGAAACCUCACUGGGAAUCUUACUCAAUGCCAAAAACCUCUUACAGCUUCCUACAACUUCAAUUAUCCUUCGAUUGGAGUGUCCAACUUGAAUGGAAGUUUAUCAGUUUAUCGUACAGUUACUUAUUAUGGUGGGGAGCCAACAGUGUAUUAUGCAAGUGUUGAAAACCCAUCUGGUGUGAAGGUUACUGUUACUCCAGCAGAAUUGAAGUUCUGGAAAAUUGGGGAGAAAAAAAGUUUCAGAAUUGAUUUCUUCCCUUUGAGGAAUAGCAAUGGAAAGUUUGUGUUUGGUGCUUUGGUAUGGAACAAUGGCACACAAAGGGUGAGGAGUCCUAUUGCUCUCAACGUGCUAUCUACUUAA